GAGUCAGCAUUAUGAGUCCUGAAGACAUGAGUCAGCAUUAUGAGUCCUGAAGUCAUGUGACCCUGCUGUAGUUCCGGUCUGAAGUCAUGUGACCCUGCUCUAGUUCCGGUCUGCAGUCAUGUGACCCUGCUGUAGUUCCGGUCUGCAGUCAUGUGACCCUGCUCUAGUUCCGGUCUGCAGUCAUGUGACCCUGCUGUAGUUCCGGUCUGAAGUCAUGUGACCCUGCUGUAGUUCCGGUCUGCAGUCAUGUAACCCUGCUCUAGUUCCGGUCUGCAGUCAUGUGACCCUGCUGUAGUUCCGGUCUGCAGUCAUGUGACCCUGCUGUAGUUCCGGUCUGAAGUCAUGUGACCCUGCUGUAGUUCCGGUCUGAAGUCAUGUGACCCUGCUCUAGUUCCGGUCUGCAGUCAUGUGACCCUGCUGUAGUUCCGGUCUGCAGUCAUGUGACCCUGCUGUAGUUCCGGUCUGAAGUCAUGUGACCCUGCUGUAGUUCCGGUCUGAAGUCAUGUGACCCUGCUGUAGUUCUGGUCUGAAGUCAUGUGACCCUGCUGUAGUUCCUGUAGCUCACGGUAGGUUCUGACCCGGCAGGUGAUCGUGGGUCUGCUGAAGUUCUGGCCGAAGACCCACAGUCCGAAGGAGGUGAUGUUCCUGAACGAGCUGGAGGAGAUCCUGGACGUCAUCGAGCCCUCGGAGUUCAUGAAGGUCCAGGAGCCGCUGUUCAGACAGCUGGCCAAGUGUGUGUCCAGCCCGCACUUCCAGGUGGCCGAGAGGGCUCUGUAUUACUGGAACAACGAGUACAUCAUGAGUCUGAUCAGCGACAACGUAGCCAAGAUCCUCCCCAUCAUGUUCCCCGCGCUCUACAAGAACUCCAAGAGCCACUGGAACAAGACGAUCCACGGGCUGAUCUACAACGCUCUGAAGCUCUUCAUGGAGAUGAACCAGAAACUGUUUGACGACUGCACCCAGCAGUACAAGGCCGAGAAACAGAGAGAGAAGUUUAAGCUGAAGGAGAGAGAGGAAAUCUGGCUGAAGAUCGAGGAGCUCGCCCAGAAGAACCCUCAGAUCAAUAAGCUCCGCCCCGGGCUCCGCCCACAGGAAGAGUACUUGCUGCACGGGGACAGUCCUGCUGUGUCCUCCAUGGAGACGGAGACGCCCACUGUGGAGGACAUCCAGCUGCUGAAGAAGACCGUGGAGAGCGAGGCCUCGCAGGGCAUGAAGGACCUGAAGACGGAGAAGGUGUUGACGCGCAGGAAGUCGGAGUUGCCGCAGGAUGUUUACACCAUCAAAGCUCUGGAGGCUCACAAGAGGGCGGAGGAAUACCUGACAGCCAAUCAGGAGGCUCUCUGACCGGGGCGGGGCCUCCUGAGCAGGACUCUCUCCCAUUGGAGGAAUCUGAGGACUGGCCCCGGGGUCAGACAGGAAGCUGACCUCUGACCCCUGCUGUGUAGACGUUUCUCCUCUGCUCCCUGAACGCACCGCCAGCUCCUCUCCACUGCGGGAACUCAUCUCUCCUACGCUCCUCGAACACAUUGUUUACAUUUUAUAAAAGGAGACGCACACAAGACUUAAAAACAGAUCUUUCUGACAUUAAUCUGAAAUCUGUGGGAUCACACGUUGUUUGGUUCAGAAAGUCAACACGUAUUUCUGAAAUCAAUAUUUACUUAUUUAUUCAUUUUUGGACGUAAACAGAUUUUGUUUGCAAGUGAAGAACCAUUGUUCCCGCAGUGGAAACCGCACCUGAAUGCAGCACGGAGCCCCGCCCCCUCCACCUGACCAACCAAUCACACGUCAGCACGGAGCCCCGCCCCCUCCACCUGACCGAACAAUCACACGUCAGCCAGGAGCCCCGCCCCCUCCACCUGACCAACCAAUCACACGUCAGCACAGAGCCCCGCCCCCUCCACCUGACCAACCAAUCACACGUCAGCACGGAGCCCCGCCCCCUCCACCUGACUGACCAAUCACACGUCAGCACGGAGCCGGUGAAUGUAGACGUUUGUUUUAAACUUUUAUUCUGACGUUUCUUUAUUUAUCUUCUGCGACUUUAGACCAAUGAGAGGCUCGGCGACUUUAGCCCAAUGAGAGGCCAGCAGAGCCUUCUCAGGUCAAAGGUCAAACUCUAACCCCCCCCUCCAUGACGUGUUCAGGGGUUCUGCUGAGUGCGGUUAAAUACACACUUCUCCUCAUCAGUAUUUAGACCCUGAUUUUUACACAUCUUAAUAUAUUAGAGACGUAAUCUAGCAGAGGGUUACCCCGCCAAAAUAAGAGCGGGGAGUCGGUGCCCGCCAAAAUAAGAGCGGGGAGCGUCUGUGCUGACGAUCAUGUUUUAAUAUUUGACUUUUUAAUAUCAGUUCACAAAUGAAACUCUAAAUCUCCUUAAUUAUAAUGAAUGAAUGAACUGAGGACUCCCAUGAUCCUUUGCUGUUCACAGGAGCGUCAUGUGAUCCUUUUUAAAUCGUUCCGUUCUCAUUAAAAUAACAAAGCUCCCCUUUACGGUAACACCCUGAACCUCUCGGGUCAGCAUCGUUAUCUCAGAUAUCGUUUUCAUUAUUAAAAACAAAACAACUCAUUUUUAUUAAAGAAUUAACUCGGGAUCACGGCAAUAAAAAAAACACGUAAGAUCUCGAUUUCCUGUCGCAUGGAGCGAAGUCCAGGAGCUGCACAAGCAACGUCGUCUUUGAGAGCAAAUAUGAAAAAUAUGUAUUAUUGUCGUCAUGUGACUAGAGCCACGCCCCCUACUGUCGGCUGGUUUCCGAUCAGUCGCUGCACGCCGUCGUGUGAUUGGCUGUCAAUCGUUCUAGGUGUUUGUUAGCCCCGCCCACUUCUCUCACCCACCGGACAGUUUCUCUAAAAACCAAAACUUCUUGAUUUCAGCUUCAGAACGAAAUCUAACCCUUAAUUUCAGAGUCUGACGAUGUUUUAGCAACGUGAUGAAGAUCGUCUCAGCUUCAUUGUUUCUCUUUGUGUUUCACUUCCUCUCAGAUCCUCCGAAACGCAAUGACACUUUUUACGAUCUAAGAUUUAAAACUCGCUAAACUUCAGGUUUAAUGAAUAUAUUCCGUCAGGUUGAAGACAUGGCGCCCGGCGGCGAGACGGAGAGAGUUCAGGAGAGCUUUAAUGAAACAUGACACAGAAUGAGAGGCUGGUUUGAACAGAUGUUGGUGUACAGAAGAAUAAAAAGAGAUACAUGUUU